AUGUCAUUAGCUGGAAAAAUCGCCGUCGUAACAGGUGCCUCUCGAGGAAUCGGCAAAGGAAUAGCCGUUGAGCUUGGUGCUGCUGGCGCUACCGUCUACGUGACUGGGCGCUCCCCCGACAACGCACUCAACUUUCCCUCCACAACCACUCUAGCCGAGGUCGCGCAAGAAAUCACGGCCAAAGGCGGCCACGGGAUCGUCGCGUAUUGUGAUCACAGUAAAGCUGAUGAUGUGAAGAAAUUGUUCCAAAAAAUUGAAAAAGAACAGUCAGGAAGGCUGGAUAUUCUUGUCAACAAUGCGUAUUCGGCAGUUCAAUACAUCGGGAAGAAUGUGGACAAAAAGUUUUUCGAAUAUUCGGAAGAACCGGAAUACGCGUGGGAUGUGGUGAACAAUGUGGGGCUGAGAAACCAUUACAUUUGCUCGGUAUAUGCGGCGAGAUUGAUGGUGAAGAGAAAGAGUGGGUUGAUUUGCACGGUCAGCUCGCCCGGAGGAAUCAAACAUUUAUUCAACAUCCCGUAUGGAGUGGGCAAGUCAGCGGUAGGUACAAGGGAUUACAAAGCAAAAGACGGCGUUGAAUUUAGCGUGCGGUGUUCUCAGAGAUAUCUGAAGUUUUUGGCUUGUGCUUGGCAAAACUUACGGAUUUUUUAAACGAAAAUUUGUGUCUUUUUGGGCUCGAAAGUUCGAGGUCUAUAAGGAUCUCCCAGCCAUUCAUCUGUAGCUGCUAAGGCGGUAUUUUCGGCCAGCUUUCCUGAUUCUAUAAUAUUAGGCAGCUCAACAAAUAAUGACCCUCUUUGCCCAUACGCGAUGACAGCUCGAACCGACCUUUUUUCGAUAAUUUUAGGUUAGGGCUAAAUUACUGUGGUUUGGUCCAAAUAUUGUAAGAGAUAUCUCAAACGAAAGCCUGAGAUCUCAGCUACAAAACGAUGUCAUAUUUCGAAAUUCCACCAUCGCUUGCCUUUUUUAGAGGCUUUAAACUUUGCCCCUUUCAAAGAGGGUCAUUUUUUAUUGGACAAUAUAACACAUAACACAAAUUUUCUUUGAUUCCCGGUCUAAAUAUCAGAACUUUUUAGAUCUAGACUUUUAAUACGGAUCAUAUGACAUACCAUUGUGCCUGCAAAAUAUGAAAAUCCAAAUCUUUGAAACAAGAAUAGCUAGGUUUGGUCCAAAAAAAGGCAUUAUGUCCAUUAAUGUUUGUAAAAAAAAUUUAUCAAAAUUCAACAAUAUCCCUUUUCAGUGCGACCGUCUUGCCGCUGACAUGGCCUUUGACCUUCAAGACUACGGAAUUACCUCAAUCUCUCUGUGGCCAGGUGCUGUGAAAACCGAGAUUAUUCAGCAAACAAUUUUGGCGGGAAGAGGAAAGGUAUGCCCUUUUCUACCACCUUAUCUACAUUAAGAAUAAAAGUUUUUACCGCUCAAAUCUCUAAAUUCAUCAAAUUUCAGACCGAUCCAGCGCUUUUCGAGGAUGGUGAGAGUAUUUAUUUUGCCGGUCGAUGUCUCAGUAAAAUUGCCUCAAGCCCUGAUUCCUUCAAAUAUACGGGUAAAAUCAUUCUGACCGAUGAAAUCGCCGAUGAAUUUGGCAUCAACGAUGUCGAUGGAAGUGAGUCCAGUCUUUCAGUUUUCUCUGUUUGAAGCUUGAAUUUUGUGACUACAACAAGUGAUGUUUAUUUUCAGGCCGACCGCGGAAUCAGUUCUUCAAGAGCCAGAAAAAGUUUGCUGAUAUGAUAAACGCAAUCAGAACCGCCGAGAUCAAAAAGUCGUCCAUUUAA